UUAGCCACCAGCCAGCAAGGAUUGUGAGACGGCUGGUUGUGGUGGAUGCUGAUGAUGGGUUGAAUGGUGUCGUUAACAUCACCAUUUCUGCUGGUAACACAAGAAACAAAUUUGAUAUAUCAGGUUGGUUGUUCCUUGCUACCAAUAUAGAAUUUUCAGCCUUCUUCCUUUGUUACUUGUUUUUCAAAAUUUAUUACAAGUGACACGGCUUAAGUAAUUUUUUAUUAUUAAUUUUUUUUUUACAUUUACUGACAAAAAUGGCAGCACGAAAAAUAAUGAAUAAUUUACAAUCUCUAUUACAAAAGUUGAUUUUUUUAGAGUGAAUAAAUGCAGAUUUUCAUUAAUUUUUAUUUAGUUUUUAAUUUUAUUUGUUUGACAAAAUAUAUUGAUUUGAUUUAGUUGUUUUCUUUUUCUCAGAAAGCAAACUGGCAUGCUCAUAAAAUAAAUAAUUAAACACUACACGUGUACAGUAUAGAUUAAAUAUAAAUAUUUGGUUUAUUGUACCAGGAGCCAACUUGAUGUUGUUGGACCAGCUGGACUAUGAGGAUACAACUUCUUAUGAACUGAUCCUGGACAUAAAAGAUAGUGGGUCCCCUCCUCUGGAAUCGUCAGGUCGUAUUGUCAUACGAGUUCUACCAAUCAAUGAACAAGCACCGCUCAUGAACAAAUCCAGUGAUUCUCUUACUUUACCAGAGGACACGUAUGCGGGAACAUUAGUUUACAAGGUCCAGGCUACAGGUUAAGAUUAAAUGGCUUGCUAUUUCCAUUGUAAUUAGCUCUAAAGCAAGGGUCCUCAAACUGUUUAAUCAGUAGGCUGGUUCACUGUCUCUCAGGCCCUGUGCACAUUGGACAUUUCUUAUUUGUGGUGCAAAAAAACCAAAAAAACAUACAAGAUUUAAAAUGAAGUAUAAUUUCAAUCAACAUAAAAUUAUUAUUAUUUCAAUGGGACUUGUUGGCCUGCUUAUGGCUCAUGAGAUGGUCAAUGUCCAGUUCCAUAUUUGUUACUGCUACCCAGGUAUACUUGUGGUGGUGAGGUAGGCUGGAUAUCAGAUCACUAGUUCGGCCAAAUCUUGCCCACAUGCCGUAGUUUGAGGAACCCUGCUCUGAAGACCAGAAAUCAACUACCAGUAGUUCUUAAAAUGUGUUUUAAUUAUGGAAAUCAAAGAAUGAAAUGUUUAACUGUUGCAUGUUCUGAUUUGAUUUUAUACAUUAAUUUAAUAGAAGUUGUCUUUGUCACUUUAAUUCAGAGAUAAUUUUCUUUCAUUAAAUUACAAAGACUCUGACAGAGGCCGUGAUGGGGAGAUAACCUUCACUAUGGCAAACAACUCUUCCGGUUCAUUUAUUCUGGACCCUGCAUCAGGAGAACUGUUUGUGGCUACCGAACUGGACUAUGACGUGGCUCCCAACACCAUGACCAUCACCAUUAAGGCAACAGAUGGAGGUGGUCUAUCUGAUGCUAAGACAUCUGUGUUGUCACUGACCAUCAGACUGCAGGACACCAAUGAUAACCCACCACUGUUUGCUUCUAGCUUGUACAAAAUGGCUGUGGAUGAAAAUGUUCCCUUGGGUACUAUCAUCGGCUCAGUGAAGGCAGUAGACAAAGGUAAUUUUAUUCUCAACAAAAUAUUUAUAGUUUAAUUAUUUUCAAUAAUACAUUUUUUAGAACCCUUAAUUUUACAAAUGAACUGCUCAGAAAUAUAAUUUGGAUGAAAACAAUAUGGUGACAAAGCUUAUUAAAUAUACUAAUCAUAAGGAAAAUUUUAUAAAAGGAUGAUUUGAAAAUACUUUAGUGUUAUUGUGAAGGGAUUGAACAAAACCCUGGCUUGUCAUGGUUAGGUGUUUUAAGAAUUGUAUAUUUUAUCUUUUUGUUGACUCUCACAGAUUCAGGUAUUUUUGGCCAAGUUUACUACAGGAUAUUAGGAAAUGCUGGACAGAAACUUUUUGAUUUAGAUAACACAACAGGUGUUAUUAAGACUGCAGAUUCAAUUGAUUAUGAAAAUUUUAAGGUAAAAAGAAUCAAUUAUUGAUCUGUUGUGUAAAUUAAAAUUUAUAUUAACCCUAAAAAAAUUAUUUAAUUAAAAAUAAUUCAAUAAAGAUUUUCUCACAGCUGGCCACAUUCUUUUUAUUUUAUGAAUCUGAAGGAUAUAGUUGAAUGCAAAAUUAUUUUAUAUGCAGGCACAUGAAGUUAAAAGUUUAUGUUAAACACAUAACUGUAAACAAAAUCAAGGAAUCUGUAUGAUGCUCCUUACAAAAAUAAAAAUGUAUCAUGUGACCAUUCAAGCUUUUUGUUCCAUAUACCAACACACCUAUAAAAGAACUGUUUACUGAAAUGUCCUCUCUUAGUCUAAAUAAUUUGUAUUUUAUAAUCAGUAACUUGAUGCUUUAUAAUAUUAAUAAAAACAAUUGUAGUGUCAAGGAGAUCUGGUAGUUGGCUUGCAUCAAUGACACUUGACUUUGUACUUUAAAAUCUCCUAUGAAAUUAUUUGACAAUUUAUUCAGUUAGUUAAAAUGUAUAUUUUAAAGAAACAUAAAAUUUAGUUUAUUGUCUUCUUUGCCAAAAUAAAAAUGUUGCUAUUUCUUGCCUGAAACGUUAAUACCCACCCAUCUAUAGGAAUAUUACUUGUUUGUCACCGCCUAUGAUGGUGGAAGGCCAGCUCUCACCUCUGACACUUUGGUCAAAGUCCAAGUUUUAAACAAAAAUGACAAUGACCCAGUUAUAAGUCCUUCAGAUUUGGUCAUCACAAUUUCUGAAUUAACUCCUUCUGGAGCUACAAUAUUAACUUACCUGGCUUCUGAUAAAGACACAAAUAUCACUGGAUUUUAUUUGGUAGAGACAACUCAGAACUUUGAGGU